AUGAAACACGUGUUCCAGUGCUACUUUUCAGUAUUGAAACGAGUGCCGAAUGUAGCAUUGUUAGAACCUGUGCUCGAGGGCCUGAGCAAGUUUGCUCACCUUCUAGGUGUUGAAUUUUUUGAGGACAUUGUGCUUACGAUGGAAGGUUUGGUUGAUAAAGAGAACUUACGCUUGCUCGAUCGCUUAUACUGCAUUAACACAGUUUUUGUGAUUUUGUCGGGUGAAGGACAACUUUUGAACGUUGAUCCCUCUAGAUUUUAUCGAUCAGUCUAUCGUCUUAUAAAUCAGUUGCCGUUUGAGAAAAGACCAGAAGCGAGGCAAAAACAAAUCACUAUGAUGGCGAAAGCGCUUGACUUGAUGAUCAAUGAAAGAAGGAAACAGCUACCGUUAUCCAGAGUUGCAGCAUUUGUGAAAAGGCUGUUGGGUGUUGCGACAGUUCUAGAUGACAUUUCAGCCCUAUGUCUGGUCGCCUUGGUUCGGAGCUUCUUCAUCGCCCAUUCAAAACUGGUCCAAUUAGUGGAAGAGGACGAUGCGGAAGGAGGAGCCGUUGGAGUUUUUCGAGCCGAUAUCGAUGAUCCUGACGUUUCAAAUGCACUUGGUAGCAGUGUACGACCGGAGCUGAAGAUGUUGACUCGAGUACGGGAAAAAGCCAUCAGAAGUUUCAAUUCAUAA